CAUCCUGCAGCCUUUGUUUUACAGCUGAGGCCAGGGAAGGAGGAUUUGCUGAAGGCCUUGACAACCUAGGACUAGCAGCACUUGCCCAAGGACCAAGCCUUCGUGGAGGUUUUGCCUGACAGCCUGGUCUGGUAGAGGGCCCAGACCCACUUCCUGGUAUCUUUUAAAAGGCAGAGCAAGCUGAAGGGCAGUGAGGAGGCUGGUAUUAAAUGCACAUUUUCCACUGCUCAUGUUCAUAGGAUCUUUUGUCCCCUCCAGGGAGAACGUUGGAAAUAAAAGCAGUGAUAGAGAAGGGAGUCUUGCCAAGCUCCUGUAUCCUACAGGGGGAGGUACUUUCCCAGGGCCACCCAGAAGUCCCUGGAGUGCACACAGGGAAGGACCUGACUGCUGGCUGAAAGGUUCAACCCAUCAAGUGGGGGGACCUUGGAAGCGAGGCCUGCUGAGUGGCAGUUUUCCAGAACCUGGGGUGUCUCGCGUCAGGGACCCCGGGGGAAAGCGCCGAGCGGAGAACAUGAUGGAGAUUGGAAUCGAGAGCUUUCCCUCUACCGGCUGGACGUGCCUUUGGGAGGCCUGGUGGUGCCAUGGGCGAAGUGCCAGGCUGUUCAUGAUAAAGUCAAGGCUUCCAGCCCGCCAGUCUCUCCACCGCAAACAGAUGGAGCCCCUGCUCCUCUGAAGAUGUACAGUCCCGGAGCCCUCCCGAGGGUGGCUGGCAGUAAGUUUGGUUACAGGGAGGCUGCAGCACUUCUGGCUGGAUGUACAGGCCGAGAUGCCUCGAGAGCCUUCGUGACCGGGGACUACACGGAGGCAGGCCUUGUGGACGACGUCUCUGACUUGUCGUUUUCCGACAUGCUGACCCUUCAAACCUGGCUCUCCUUCUAUGAGAAGAACUAUGAACUCGUUGGGAAGGUCGUUGGGAGGUUCUACGAAGAGGAUGGGCUCCCCACGCCAGCGCUGACCCUGGUGGAAGCCAUGAUCAGCAAAGGCCUGGAGGCGAGUGACCAGGAAAUGAGAGCAAAGCAGACGUUCCCCCCAUGCAACACUGAGUGGAGCUCAGCCAGGGGCACCCGCUUCUGGUGCUCCCCACAGAGCGGGGGUGUGAGCAGAGACUGGACUGGCGUCCCCAGGAAGCUGUACAAGCCAGGUGCCAAGGAACCCCAGUGCGUGUGCGUGAGAACGACUGGCCCCCCUAGUGACCAGACGCCAGACACCACUAUGCACAGAAAUCGUGGGGACUUGGACCACCCCAGCUUGGGGGAGUACAAAGGCUGCCCACCCCUGGCUGUCGCAUGCUCCUUCCCACCCUAAGCUGUCACCCGGCGUGGACAGUGCACAGCGAACCCUCCUCUUAAUGGCCUCGUGUCUUUGAUGCUCCUGAUUGGAGACAAUGACUCUGGCCCACCCUCUGCAACAGUGACUCGUGCUGCCCUCACCUCGCUGGUGCCGGUGGCCGGAGCUCAGGCUAGCAACGGUCAGCCUGCCUGGCGCGUUAGUCCAUGUGCCGCCUUCCUUCAGAGCCCUGAGGUUCCCACAGGCACAAGUAUGACUAACUCGGACUGGACAAGCAGGCAGAGAGCUCUGGAUGCCCGUGGCCACAUUGUUGUGCCGCUCCCCUCCCCCGGCUGCUGGAGCAGUGGCCAGGAGCUCUGGGCCCUGUCUGUCUUCAGCCUUCCCAACCCUGGCAAGGCAUCUGGGGCCCAGACCAGGAGUGCCCCAUAAUUCCCCAACAACGCUGAGCAGACAUACACCCCCGCCAAAGCUCACAAAGCUGUGAGCCCCGACUUAUAGCUGUACCCCGAGGCAGACCUGCUGAGAACCUGGCUGGUGCAUGAGUGGUGGUAAUAAAGUGAUCGCUCUUUGA